ACGAUAACGCGCAGACAUAUCGAGCGCGGUGCCAUCACUAGAGAAGUGACGUGGAACGUGUGGCAACUUUUGAUUUGAUGCAAAUGCAAUGCACGUAGGUUGUGUCGUUGUUCACUCUGACGGAUCGGUAGCGUAGCUAAAAUGUUGGACUUUGUGGUGAUAUUCACCAAGGGCGGCGUGGUGCUGUGGCACUCGAACGCGUCCGGGAGCAGCUUCGCCUCCUGCAUCAACAGCCUGAUACGUGGCGUCAUCCUGGAGGAGCGCAACACAGAGGCCAAGUACUUCGAGGAGGACCACCUGGCCGUGCAGUUUAAGCUGGACAACGAACUGGACCUGGUCUACGCGGCCAUUUUCCAGAAGGUGAUCAAACUGAACUACCUGGAUGGAUUCCUGGCCGACAUGCAGGUGGCCUUCAAGGAGAAGUACGGCGAUAUACGUCUGGGCGAUGACUACGACUUCGAUCGGGAGUACCAGCGUGUGCUCGGCGCGGCGGAGGAGGCGUCCGCCAAGCAAGUGAAAGCACCAAAAACCAUGCGCUCCUACAACGAGUCACAGAAGUCGAAGAAGACCGUCGCCUCGAUGAUUCAGGACGACAAGAAGCCGGUCGAGAAGCGGGUCAACAUCCAGGAGAGCCCGCCACCGUCCAAGUCACAGCCCUCGUCACCAACGACGCGUUCUAUGGACGACAUCAUCAAGGAGAAUCGGCGCAAGCUGCGCGAGAAGCUCACGCCCACAAAGAAGACCUCGCCCAGCGAUUCCAAACCCAGCAAGCCCGCCUCCGAGAAGGCCGGAAAGAAGCCACGCGUCUGGGAUCUGGGCGGUAAUUCCAAGGACGCCGUCAUACUCGAUCGCUCCAAGGAUACGCCCGAGGAUGUGCAGUACCAGAACAUCAACAGCGAGCUGGUGGGCACAAUGCAGGGCGUCAUCCGCGACUUGGACGUGGAGAGCGACGACGAGGCUGACAGCGAAGAGGACUCCUCUGAGGAGCAGCAGGAGGAGCAGGUGCAGUCCAAGAAGAUCAAACGCGGCGGCCUGCUUUCCUACUUCAAGGGCAUUGUGGGCGCCAAGACCAUGUCGCUGGCGGAUCUGCAGCCGGCGCUGGAUAAGAUGCGCGACCAUCUAAUAUCGAAGAACGUGGCAACAGAGAUAGCGGCCAAGCUGUGCGACUCGGUGGCUACCAGUCUGGAUGGCAAGCAAAUGGGCACCUUCGACAGCAUCGCCAGCCAGGUGAAGGAGGCCCUCACGCAGUCGCUGGUGAGGAUUCUCUCCCCGAAACGGCGCAUCGAUAUCAUUCGCGAUGCCCUCGAAUCGAAGCGCAACGGCCGUCCGUACACGAUCAUCUUCUGCGGCGUUAAUGGCGUGGGCAAGUCCACCAACCUGGCCAAGAUCUGCUUCUGGCUAAUUGAGAACGAUUUUAACGUUCUGAUCGCCGCUUGCGAUACGUUCCGCGCCGGUGCCGUCGAGCAGCUCCGCACACACACCCGCCAUCUGAACGCCCUGCAUCCGGCGGCCAAGCACGACGGACGCACGAUGGUGCAGCUGUACGAGAAGGGGUACGGCAAGGAUGCCGCCGGCAUUGCCAUGGAGGCCAUCAAGUUUGCCCACGAUACACGGGUGGAUGUCGUACUGGUGGACACCGCCGGACGCAUGCAGGACAAUGAGCCGCUGAUGCGUUCGCUGUCCAAGCUGAUCAAGGUGAACAAUCCGGAUCUGGUGCUCUUCGUGGGCGAGGCACUGGUGGGCAACGAAGCCGUCGACCAGUUGGUCAAGUUCAACCAAUCGCUGGCCGAUUACUCAUCCAACGAGAACCCGCACAUCAUCGACGGCAUCGUGCUGACCAAGUUCGACACCAUCGACGACAAGGUGGGCGCCGCCAUCUCCAUGACCUACAUCACCGGCCAGCCAAUAGUGUUCGUGGGCACGGGUCAAACGUAUGCCGACCUAAAGGCCAUCAACGUUAACGCCGUGGUCAACUCCCUGAUGAAGUAGCCGUCUCCCUUCCUCCGUCUGAUCCUUCCAAUGCUCCUUGUUUGCAUCCACUCUUUUGACCGCAUCAAAUACAGUGCUUGAUAUAAAUUGAA